AUGGGUCUGUUCACCGGUCGCGAGGUGCCCAACCCGCGUCCCCCGUCGCGCACGCUCAUGGACGCGGUGCGGGACAACGACCUGGAUCUGAUCGACAAGACCCUCGCGUCGGGGGAGAGCGUGACGCAGACGAACGCGUACGGGCGGACGCCGCUGCACAAGGCGGCGUACUACAGCGGCGAACCAAACGUGAUCAAGUCGCUCAUCGAGAGGGGCGCGGACGUCAACGCGCGGGAUAAAGGGAGCUGGACCGCGUUGCACCUCGCGGCGCGGAACCAUCACAACGACGCGCUGGCGCUCCUCCUGGACGCGGGCGCGGAGACGCACUGGAGGGACGUGAAGCACGGGUGGACGCCGCUGCACCUCGCGGUGAUCGCGGGGAACGUGCGGGGCGCGAGGAUGCUGGUGGAGAGGGGCGCGGACCCGGGCGCGCUGGACCGGAGCGGCGCGAACGUUCGAACCCUCCUCGAGGAGAACGACGUCGAUCCAGCCUCGGUGCUCGGGGACCCGUAG